AUGUUUGCAUCAAAAGCCGGCAAACAAUCCCUCGAUUGCAUCGUGUGUUCAGUAGAAGUGCUGGGAAUGCCUUCCAAGUGGCACAACACCAUUGGUCCGCACAUUCACUCCACCCCUCACUGGCUGUCAGCCAAUGGCGUGAUUCCACGAUUGGAUUCUCAACCAAUGAUUUGCAAAGCGUUGUUAGCGUUGGCAUUGGUGUCGGUGUCGACGGCGAAGAUCUACUUCCGGGAGGACUUCUUGGACGCCGAUUGGAGCAAACGGUGGGUGCAGUCGCAGCACUCGGGCAAAGAGUUGGCGGACUUCAAGUGGACGGCCGGCAAGUUCUUCGGCAAUGAGGAGAAAGACAAAGGCCUGCAGACCUCAACGGACGCCCGAUUUUACGCGAUUUCCGCCAAAUUCGAGGACAACGCCUACACCAACGAUGGCAAGGAUCUGGUGAUUCAGUUCACUGUGAAACACGAGCAGAACAUCGACUGCGGCGGCGGUUAUCUCAAAGUCUUCGACUGCAGUCUCGAUCAGACCUCACUUCACGGCGAGUCUCCGUAUCUGAUAAUGUUUGGGCCCGACAUCUGCGGCCCCGGCACUAAGAAGGUUCACGUGAUCUUUAACUAUAAGGGCAAGAACUUGUUGACCACGAAAGACAUCCGUUGCAAAGACGACGUCUUCACUCACAUCUACCGACUGGUGGUAAAGCCCGACAACACAUACAAAGUGUUGAUCGACGGCGAGGUUGUCGAGAAGGGAGAGCUCGAGAAGGACUGGGCAUUCCUCGAGCCUAAGAAGAUCAAGGAUCCCGAGGCUAAGAAACCCGAGGAUUGGGACGACAGAGCGAAGAUCGACGACGAGAGCGACACAAAGCCCGACGACUGGGAACAGCCGGAGUAUAUCGCAGACCCCGACGCCACUAAGCCUGAGGACUGGGACGACGAGAUGGACGGCGAGUGGGAACCCCCGCAGAUCAAUAACCCCGCCUUCAAAGGCGAGUGGAAACCCAAACAGAUUGAUAACCCGGCGUAUAAGGGCCCGUGGGUU